ACCCACAACCACUGGCGCGAAAACUAACUAGUGUGCUACGAAAGUUUUUUAAGGAUGACACUCUUUAAUAGUGGGACACAAAAUGUCUUUAAUUCAGUUAGUAUUGGUUCAAAUAAAACUAUGAGUUCUGCACAAAAAACAGCCGAAGUCCAGUCUCCUCCAGGAGAUACAGUAUCGUGUCUUCGCUUCAGUCCUGAGUCCAUGCAAACAACCUUCUUGGCUGCUACUAGUUGGGAUAAUCGUAUUAGAAUUUGGGAAGUCCAAGCCAAUGGUUCUACCAUUCCCAAGGCUGAGCAGAUGCAUCAAGGGCCUGUAUUUGGGGCUUGUUGGAGCACUGAUGGUUCGAAAAUUUUCAGUGUAUCAGCAGACAAAACUGCGCAAAUGUGGGAUCUUGGUUCAAACACUUUCGCGCAAGUUGGUGUACAUGAUGCUCCCGUUAAAACUGCUCAUUUUAUUACCGCUCCAAAUUAUUCUUGUUUGAUGACAGGUUCAUGGGAUAAACGACUUAGUUCUUCAGGCCCGUCUAAUCCAGGAACUACUAAUAUUCCCAGCGAUUAGCAGGCACUAUAUAUUUAUGAAUACUCGUCAACUUUAAGUAAAGAUUCUGGGAUACAAGACAACCUCAGCCUAUCUUAAACUUGGAUUUGCCGGAAAGGAUCUAUUGUGCUGACGUCCAUUAUCCACUUGCCCUUGUCGGGACUGCAGGUCGGCAAAUAUUUGUGUAUAAUUUAGAAAAUGGUCCUACUCAAUUCAACCAAUUAGAGUCUCCUCUUAAAUUUCAGGUCAGUGUGUCUCGUAACCUCUUGUCUUUUAAAUAGUUCUCAAGGUAGUUGAACAUAAUUUAAAACCAACGUAGAUAUAUGGUGUACAAACAUUCUUACUAAUUGUUAGGCUAUUAUUCAUCUAAUAGUUUGUUCCUUUAUUCCUUUUGGUACCCUUCUAAAGUGAUUGACAACUAGGAGAAAUAAGAGAAAUAUACGACUUUUACUGUAUAAGCUUUCUAUCUUUUCUGAUGAUGCAAAGCAGUUAGUGUUUAUCACGGUGACGAUCUUGAAUACCUAUAACAUCACUUUAGUUAAGAGUUGCUUGCACAUUCUUGACAUCAAAUGUUGUUCACUUUCCAGAGACACUCUUAAAUGCAGAUAUCUGUUAAAGAUCCUUUGCAGGCAUCAUAAGUAUAAAACACUCACAAAUACCAAAAUAGCCGAGAUUCUUCGUUGUUUCCAGUGACUCACCACUAACACUUUGUGCACAUGUAGUCUCCUGUCCGUAUCGUAAAAUCACGUCACACUUCUAUAGUACGAACCGUACGCCACGUCUACGAAAACUCAUACCCAAUAAAUUAAGUGAGAUUUAAGUAGUUUGUGUUUCACCUAGUGGUCAAACUGUAUUGUCCUCAUACUCGACAUUGAAGUUUCUUUAGUUUACAGGUAUCCUUUCUCAUUAUUUACUUCUUUUAAAACUUUCCAAAAUAUCAUCAAUAGGAAAGUUGAAGAAGGAUUUUCACAAGUGUAUAACCCCAAUUAGCUUCAUUGGUGGUUUGGACUGAUGCAAAGAGGCUAUCCUAUACUCUAACUGGAAUUAUCUCAAUUUAUUAUUAGACUCUCCAAACAUCUUUUACCCUAGCAAAUAUUUCCAGAAUAUAGUUCUGUCCAAUAAAUGAGAAUCAACCUUGUUAUUCAACAGUGAAACGGUUAUUUGUUCAUAUUAUUGAUUAUAUUUGUCAGGUUUCUAAUGGAAGACAAAAAUGUGAAUAAUGUAUUUACAACCAACAGGAAACUAAAUUUCUCACAAUUUUUUUUAAUGAGUUUUGCGGUAUGCACUCACUAUUAUGACAGUCAGUAUUGUCGACUCGCCUGGUAACAGAUAUAUACCCUAGUGGUUGUCACAUGAAUUACCUAGACACUGUGUAACGAUAGAUACGAUUUCAUUGCAGAGUGAACAAACAUUCCUAUUUUACCUUCCCUUUAGGGAUUUCCGUAGGUUUCCUUAUUUUUCUGUCUUAGAAAGCAAAGUUGGCUACCUAAGCGUUGUUUCCUAACGUUUUGGUCUUUAGAUUUAUCUCAAACUUUCGAGUUCUAGAAUUUGUGAUCAAAAUUGGCAGAUUAGUAAGCUAAAUACUUCUCAGCUUAUAUCAAAAAUGUUCACUUCAACAUUAAAAACUUGUUGACGAUGUCAAAAUGUUGCUCAGUCAGGAGAAUCAGAAGAAAUACUUAUCAAGUCUAACGCCGAAAAUAAUUGAGCAAGUUUUCUUCCAUCUCACUUUUCCACGUUGAUCUGUUGGAUCUAUCAAUUACUAUCUAUGUGUAUUCGUUAGAACCUGGUUCUGAAUAUAGUUUACAGCCUCCAGUUAUCGAUAAUUGUGGUGCUGGUGAAUUCAAUCGGUAUUGAACAACACGAAACGUGACACGAGUAUCAAUCUAAGUUGUUGUAUCCAUUAAGUUUCAGCCAAAGUUAUAUUUUUUUCAUAAAAAUAUUUUGUUAAUUAUCUUACAAAGCUACAGAUUGUCAGAUAAGUCUUUCUCCUGACGAGCAACUACUCAUCGUCCCAAUGUCUCUGAAUUUGCUUCGUUUUAGUCUUAAUUCAUAUAGUUUGAUUCAUCACCUUUAAAAAAUUUGUUUAGUUUUUUUAAUAUUUCAUUUGGACUCAUUUUGUCGCAAUCUGUUGUUACUUUUCAAAACUACACAAUUCAAAAUAUGGUUUUUUAGCCAUGCUAAUUAUUGUUCUUUUUCACUAAAAUGUACUUUUAAGCUCUAGUAGUACUAAAACGCGUUGUAGCCCAUAGGAUAAUUUAUCUGGGUUUUUUUGUGAGAACAGAAUCAGUUCAUUAUUCGACAGUGAAUAGUUUGCCAUGUUUAAAUUAAAGCCAAAGAUCAUGUUUAUGCUCUUCAUCAGUCACUUAAGUUCGAAUUACCUGGUUGUGACGAGGGGGGAGGGGAAGUAGUUGUGUUCAUCUUUGGUAUUGUGAAAUUAUAUCAGGCAUGAGAAGUUUAUAUACUUGUUGAGCAUGAUUUUCGUGCUCACUCUAUAGUUUUCUAUAAGUAGACUUCAUCUUUUUGUUAAAAUUAAAGCUUCGUUGAGUGUUCUACAGUUUUCACGAAAUUCGUAACUAUACAUCUCGUCUUAACUUUUUAUAUUAACAGAGUCGUUGUAUAUCUAUAUUCAUGGACAAACAAAAACAAAAUCCUAGUGGCUUUGCUCUAGGGAGCAUUGAAGGGCGUGUCGCUAUACAGUAUUUAAAUCCAACUACGCCUAAAGAUAAUUUCACUUUUAAAUGUCAUCGUUCCAAUGCACCGGUCAACGGUUACCAUGAAAUUUUUGCAGUAAGUAUUGUUUAUUGUGCAAUUCACAUUCAUGAAAAUAAUAUAAGUAAACUAGGUAAUAUUUAUUUUCAGUCUCUGUAUGAAAUGAAUCUUAAUUUUCAAAAAUGUGUUUCUGCACUCGCUGAGCAUCCCAUAGGUUGUAAGUUUUGACCUCACUUCUUAUAUCACGUUCUGAGUUACCCGGUAGUAUCAUCGGCUUUCAUACUGUAAACGUAAUGUGAAGUCAGUUUGUACGUAAUUAACUAUUUACACUAGAUGUUUAGUCAAUUGUUUUCCUGAACAUGCAAUUUAUUUUCGAAAUAGUUUUUAUCAUAAACUGAUCUCACCUGAUGAACGAAUUAAAAUCAAGAGACAUUAGACUUCUGUUUUAUAUCAUUUCGAAACUCAGCUGUAAAGCAACCUUACAAUCCCAUUUUGAAAUGAUCACAGGAUCCUCAGAUAACAUCAUGAUACCAUGCAGCCACUAAGUUAAAGCACGAUGGUUCAUACUAUCAACGACAAACAUGAGGGUCUACAUCACUUCAGACUUCAUCGAGUCAACAGUUGAUAAUUCCGAUUUUUCCUUUUCGAUGGUUGCAUUAUUAACCAGUCAACUUUUGUGGUUUCUCUUUCAAAUUAAUCAGUUUCUGUCAUUGUGCCAUUUCAUUCAUAGAUAUUUUGAUUUAUAUAUUCAUUAAUGAUCUUGUUUGAUAGUAUCUCAUUAUGGAAUCCAGCUGCCUGUAUUUGAAUUCCAGUAUAUUAGUGUUUCAGUGUACUGAAUGCGGUAUUUUUAGUACCAGUGUAGAACAAUAACUUUUGCUCUUCAUAAUUUAAAUCGUCAUCAGAGAAAUGGAUUUAUUAGAGAGCGUCCUUGUUUUGCUUUUUCUCCAUAAAUUUACUCACACAUACGUUAUUUAUAGUCAUGUGAGAAUUUGAUGUCCUGGUUUUGAUCAGUAAAUUAGGGACAUUCAUUUUCAUUUUAUUUCCGGAAGUAUUUACCAAUAUUAUUACCAAGAUAUUGUAAUCUACUUAAUGUUUUGUCCUUCCUUAGGUAAAUGAUAUGGCUUUCCAUCCGGUGCAUGGCACACUAGCCACAGUGGGGUCCGAUGGAUGUUAUUCGUUUUGGGAUAAAGACGCUAGAACUAAAUUACAUUCUUCGGAUUCUCCAGAUCAACCGCUCACCUGCUGUGUAUUUGAUCCUAAAGGCCAAGUGUUCUGUUAUGCAUCAGGUUAUGACUGGUCUAAAGGAUAUCAGUUCGCCGAUCCAUCUAAACCCAUCAAAAUAAUGAUGCGCUUAUGUAUGGAAGAAAUGACUCCUGGUAGAAAAUCAUAAUUUAAAAACAGAUUAGAUAAUGUAUUUGUUCUUCAUGUACAUUUUAAUAUAUUCAUGUAAACUCACUUGUCUGAAGAACGGAACACAUAUCAAUGUACAACUUCAAACUGUAUUUUUAUAAAAUGUUGACAAGUAUUUUUUACUGCAUCUUGUUCUUUUACCUUCGAGCCUGUGUGUAUAGCAUAUAGUUUAUAGUUUGCAUUUUCAAUAUUGUUACACAUAAGGUUAUUUACUUUUAUAAAAAUUAAGUCGGGUCCCCGAUAAUUCAGUCGUACAACAAAUUACGUUCUGUAGGACGCUCCUUCUGUUGGAAUCAUUAUACAUAGCUAUGGUUAAUAUAGUAUAUAUUGAUUCUAUUUUAAUUUUGAUGAUAUCGUAUAACAGAAAUUCAGGAAAGUAAGAAGUACUCCUUGCAAACCAUGGUUGCUUAAUGUUGUGUUUUGGGAUACAAUAGCUUAAUAAUUUCCCGGUGUAUUUUAUAUUAUCGAAUUGUUCCAUUAAGUCAAAUACAGGUUGUAGUUUCGUAUUUCACUUCCUAAGAAAUACAUGAAAUUAAACAUUAUUUGUUCAUGGGGAAGAUUACUUAUGAUGGGUUUUUUAAUUUGUGAUUAACUAUGGAAUCGAAUUUUAAGUGUACAGUUAUUGUAUUACCAAGUUGCUCAUAUUUCCAAAUCACAUCGUCAAAAUUUCGUACUACAUCAAACUGAAUACAACAUUAAUACUUUGGUGGUGCCCCUCGAUAAUGAAUUCAAACCUUUCCCAUAGAUACUUUGAAAAUGAUAUUAAAAAUAUUCAGAAAGCCAAUGCCUUGUCAUUUGUUUGACAUCCAUAGAACUGGCUUAAUGCUUGAGCAUGACUAAAUAAAGUUGACUUUUUCAUACAUAGUCUUGUAUUUGGUUAGGUAGUGUAUUGUAUAUAUAUUGUAAGUAUUGAGACGGGUUUCGUGAUUGUAAUCCGAGCAACAUGCUCAACACCACAGUCUUCGAGAACUGAAUAUAUUCUAAUCAUAACGUUUGAUCUAUUUAGGAAAUUGGGGCGUUUAUGUGAACUAAUGGUUCCUUUGUACUUGGUUCGUGCUCAUCUAGUUAUUCUUGGUCUAAAUUACGCUGUUUCGGGGAUACAUAAUUCGAACAAUGAUUCAUAUACUUCUAAUCAUCACGAAAAUACAGUGUUGUAACUGAACGACCUUUGGGAAAGUGAAGUUCGCGGUACUAUAUUGUGGACCAUUAUUGUUUGCGUUCUUACUGUAUAAUUAGUGGAUGACUUUAAUGCUGCAUGUCUGUUCAUCUCAUUGUAAAUUUUCCCUGGAUCUAUAGGCUG